AUGUUCUUGGAUGUCCCUAUAAUCCAACGACUACUGGGCUUCUGUAGAGCAGUUUUUCCGGUUGUCGGCUACGCCUACAACAUCGUCCCGACGUACCCGAGCGGUCAUCUUGGCUAUGUCAUCGCUAGCAAAAACAAGGUAACUUUAUCUAGACUGAAACACGCGUCUUUCCGUCUUCUGACAUCAAUGUAA